AUGCCGAAGCUCGUACUCCUUUCGUCCGCGACGCUCGACGAACAGCUGUCCCGCGCAACGCCCGCAUUAAUCCGGUGGAUUCUCCUCCGUUCAGCCUCGCACGUCUAUCGGGACCUAGUCGAGACCGAGGCGUUUCUCCGCGCGCAGGGGGAUUGGGUCUCGACGGUCUUCAUUAAGCCCGGCGGGUUAUCGCUCGAUGUCCAGCGCGGCCACGCUCUGAGCCUGACGGAGGAAAAAUCGCCGCUCUCCUAUGCCGACCUGGCCGCCGCUAUGAUCGAAGCGGCCACGGACCCCGAUGGCCGGUGGGAUAUGCGCAAUGUCGGCGUCAUCUCCGUCAAUGGACCGGCCAAGUCACCCCCCGGGGCGCCGAUGUGUAUUUUCAUGGGGUUUGUGAGGCACUAUUUCCCGUUCCUCCAUCCAUACCUCCCCUCCACUGGACCAGGGUAG